AUGAUGGAUAGAAUCAGCGAAUUGCCGGAGUCUUUGUUGUCUGGAAUACUCUCGUACCUUCCGGUUAAUGACUCGGUGAAGACGAGUGCUUUAUCAACUAGAUGGAAGAAUCAGUGUCUUAACGUUCCUGUAUUGGAAGUGGAUUUGAAGUACAAAGACGUCCCUUUUCUGUUCAUGACCUUCCACGAGAAAUUUCUCCCUCAGCUACGUCUGCAAACAUUCAAACUCAAGUCCAGGAUUGUGGAAAUCGAUGGGCUCAAGGAUCGGAUUGCUACUGUGAUUGACCACAGAAUACAACAUCUAUAUGUCAAGAGUAGUGUCUUCUACCGAGAGGAAGGGCGCCUCCUUCCUUUUGUUGAUACCAUGCCUCUGAAUCUCUAUACCUGCAAGACAUUGGUCUCCUUAAAGCUCUCUGAUUCGGGUCUUCACGAUCCUGGUUUUGUGUCUUUGCCUUGUCUCAAACUCAUGCAUCAUCGAGAUAUCCGAUGGCUUGCUCCCAUGACUCUUGAAAAGCUUCUCUCAGGAUGUCCUCUUCUUGAAGAAUUGUCCUUGCUCAGGGGUGUUCGUCUCUUAAUGAGGAAUCUGUGGUUACGAGGUAUCGUUAUCGUGUGCUUGAGGAUGAUGUGGUUACGAGGUAUCGUUAUCAUCAGUGAUUUUCUCACCGGGAUAUCAAGUGUAAGACAUAUGAUCAUCUCUCAGCGAACAGUAAAGUUCAUGCUCCUUGAUAUCUACUCACAAGUAAAAGUAGGGCCGGUUCCCAAAUUCAACAACUUAUCCCGCUUACAAGCCGUUUUCGCGAGCUCCUCCUUACCCAUUUUGCCUGCCAUUCUUGAGAGUUGCCCGAACCUGAAACAUUUAAUCUUGGUAAAACCUAUUGUGUGA